CCGGGCCUGAAAUUGCUGCAAGGGAAUGCGUUAGCGAGCACUGUUGGUCGCAUACCUGGGCAGUUUGGCAGCUCAACGAUCUCUGUGAUUGCCAUGUUUUGCCUCGGCUUUUCAUGGUCCAUCAUCUGUAAUGGCAAGCGCACCCUGCAAUUGAUGUGCCUGCCCGUUGCUCAUGACCUGGACCGCCAUUGCAUCACGCAUUCGUCGUCCCGCGAGCACCCCGGUCCCGAUUCCCCCACCAUCAGACAGCCACAGCAAGCUUGAGCUUCGGCCCAGCGCUUCUCCGGCUUGACAACGCAGAGCCCACGGCCGGGGCGGCGGAAGGAGGACGAGGUCCUGCUCCGUGUGGU